CAUGAUUAGUAGUUUUCUUCAAUUUCAAGAUUUUUUUCAGCAUCAAGCAUGACAUUGUUGUUUUAACACCUUAUAGAUUAUAUACUAAAAAGUAUACUCUCAUAUGCCAUCAUUUAGGUUUCCUUGUCACACCAUGAUUGGCUGGAUCCAUCACUUCGGUUGAAUGUUCCAUUGGUUGAUGUUGAUAAGGUCCGAUGUAUAAUAAGGAAUAUAGUAAGAGACUGGGCAGAAGAGGGACAAAAUGAACGCAACCAGUGCUACAAACCUAUUCUUAAUGAGCUUGAUUCUUUAUUUCCUAACCGCAGCAAGGACAGUCCUCCUACAUGUUUAGUUCCUGGUGCUGGUCUUGGGCGGCUGGCCUUGGAGAUUUCAUGUUUGGGUUUUGUAAGCCAGGGAAAUGAAUUUUCCUACUACAUGAUGAUAUGCUCCAGUUUUAUUCUUAAUCACACUCAGACAGCUGGAGAGUGGGCUAUAUAUCCAUGGAUUCAUAGCAAUUGCAAUUCACUUUCAGAAAGUGACCAACUUCGUCCUGUUUCAAUACCUGAUAUUCAUCCAGCAAGUGCAGGGAUAACUGAAGGUUUUUCAAUGUGUGGUGGUGACUUUGUUGAAGUGUACAGUGAUCCGAGUCAAUUAGGAGUUUGGGAUGCAGUUGUGACUUGUUUUUUUAUUGAUACGGCACACAACAUUAUCGAGUAUAUAGAAAUUAUAUCAAGGAUUUUGAAAGAUGGUGGAGUUUGGAUAAAUCUGGGACCCUUAUUGUAUCAUUUUGCAGAUAUGUAUGGGCAAGAUGAGAUGUCCAUUGAAUUGAGUUUGGAAGAUGUAAAGAGGGUUGCUCUACACUAUGGGUUUCAGUUGGAGAAGGAAAGCACGAUAGAGACGACUUACACUACAAAUCCUCGAUCAAUGAUGCAAAACCGAUACUUUGCUGCAUUUUGGACUAUGAGAAAGAUUACUGUGGCAGCAGGGAAGCAUACUACAUAGUCACUUGCUCUUGUAUUAUGUGGAUUCAAAUGUUUUUUCUCAAACAUAUUUAUUAAGGUUUAGUUCCGGAUAAUCAUAUGCCUGUGUAGGGUUGGCUGGUGGGGUGCUAAUUGGCUUAUAUAUCAAAUUAGUAGCAGCCGGCAGGUGCAGAUACCUUUGUUCUACUAAUUGCGUUUUCUUUCAAGUUCUGAGUAUAUCAUUAUUGUUUUUCCAUGAACAAUGUAUUUUGUAUUGAGAAGCGACUGAGCACUUUAUACGAACUAUAUGAGCCGAGGAAAGUUAGAACUAAUUAUAUGUCAAUGUCACAAGUUUUCAUUUCAAUGAAAUGUUCAAUUUUUUAUUUUUUA